AUGACUAUACGGAGUGUGGGAAAGUCUCUGGUGAAGCGUCACUCCUCCCUGGACUUACAGGAACUCACAGUGCACAGAGGCCAUUUGAAUGUGAAGAAACUGACUGCACAUAAAAGAAUCCACAGCGGAGAGAAGCCUUAUGAAUGUAAGCAAUGUGGAAAAGCCUUUAGACUGUCCUUACAGUGCAGUAGACACAUGCGGACUCACAGUGGAGAGAGGCCCUAUGAAUGUAAGGAAUGUGGGAAAGCCUUUGUUAAUGUCUCAGGCCUCAUAGUACAUAGAACAAUUCACAGUGGAGAGAAGCCUUACAAAUGUAAGCAAUGCGGGAAAGCCUUCAGAUUUUCCUCAGAGUGCAGGAGACACAUGCAAACCCACAGUGGAGAGAGGCCCUAUGAAUGUAAGGAGUGUGGGAAAGGCUUUCUAACAUCCUCAAGCCUCAGAACACAUACAAUAAUCCACAGUGGAGAGAGGCCCUAUAAAUGUAAAGAAUGUGGAAAAGCCUUUAGAAAAACCGCACAUCUUACAGCACAUAGACUAAUCCACAGUGGAGAGAAGCCUUAUGAAUGUAAGGAGUGUGGGAAAGUCUUUAGAACAACUUCAGAACUUAAAACACAUCGAGGAAUUCACAGUGCGGAGAGGCCCUAUGAAUGUAAUGAUUGUGGAAAAGCCUUUAGAACAACUGCACAUCUUAAAUCACAUAGAAUAAUCCACAGUGGAGAGAAGCCUUAUGAAUGUAAGACGUGUGGGAAGGCCUUUAAAAGCACCUCAUACCUUAGAAUACAUAGAAAAAUCCACAGUGCAGAGAAGCCUUAUGAAUGUAAGGAGUGUGGAAAAGCGUUUAAAACAACUUCCCACCUUACAACACAUAGAGGAAUCCACAGUGCGGAGAGGCCCUAUGAAUGUAAGGAGUGUGGGAAAGGCUUUCUAACACCCUCAAGCCUCAGAACACAUACAAUAAUCCACAGUGGAGAGAGACCCUAUGAAUGUAAAGAAUGUGGCAAAGCCUUUAGAACAACCUCACAUCUUACAGCACAUAGAAUAGUCCACAGUGGAGAGAGGCCCUAUGAAUGUAAGGAGUGUGGGAAAGCCUUUAAAAGCCCCUCAUACCUUAGAAUACAUAGAAGAAUCCACAGUGCAGAGAAACCCUAUGAAUGUUUGGAAUGUGGGAAAGCCUUUAGAAGAACUGCACACCUUAGCAGACAUGAAAGAAUCCACAGUGGAGAGAGGCCCUAUGAAUGUACGGAGUGUGGGAAAGCCUUUAGAAGAUCCUCACAUCUUACAGCACAUAGAAGAAUCCACAGUGGAGAGAGGCCUUAUGAGUGUAAAGAAUGUGGAAAAACCUUUACUUGUGCCUCUUCCCUCAGUAUACAUAUGCAAAUUCAUACUGGAGAGAGACCUUAUGAAUGUAAGCAGUGUGGGAAAGCCUUUACAAGAGCCUCAGCCUUUACUGUACAUAGAAGAAUCCACAGUGGUGAGACCCUAUGA